AUGGAGCUUUAUUAUUACACUAUUUCCACACUCUUCAUUCUCAUCCUCACCACAUUUUCCUUCACAAAAUUAUUCACCAAACCCAAUCCAAACAAACAACCUCCAGGACCAAAACCAUGGCCAAUCAUAGGAAACAUCCACCAACUCGGAGACAAGCCUCAUCGCUUUGUCGCCAAGCUUUCAAAAACUUACGGCCCUAUAAUGUCAUUAAAACUAGGAAACAUAAACACAAUAGUAAUUUCAUCUCCGGAAAUAGCCCAAGAAAUGUUCCUUAAACACGAUUUAGCCUUAUCCGGUAGAAAUGUCACAGACGCCAUAAAAGUAGCUAAUCAUCACGAAUACUCCAUAGUGUUUCUUCCCGUAUGUGAUCGAUGGAGAACGCUAAGAAAGAUCAUUACUAGCCAAUUAUUCACCCAUCAACGGCUAGAUGCUAGCCAAGGCUUACGCCGCCAGAAAGUAAAUGAGUUAGUAAAGUAUAUAAAACAGUGUUGCGAGACUAGUGUACCUGUUGAUAUUGGUAAGGUUGUGUUUACAACAUCUUUAAAUUUGUUGUCAAAUACAUUGUUUUCGAUGGAUUUGGCAAGUUAUGAAAACUCGAGUUCACAAGAUUUUAAGGAUCUUAUUUGGAAUAUAUUGGAAGAGGGUGGAAGACCUAAUGUUUCUGAUUUUUUCCCUUUUGUUAGAGUGUUGGAUUUGCAAGGAGUGCUUAAAAGAACAAUUGGGUAUUCUAAUGAAAUUUUAGGGGUUUUUCAGGGAAUUAUUGAUGAAAGAAUGAAAAAUUCUAUGGUUGUUAAGGAGGAUGUGUUGGCUACUUUACUCAAGCUUGUUCAAGAUAAGGAAUUAAGCCUUGACCAAGUCAAACAUUUGCUUGUGGAUUUGUUCGUAGCGGGAACAGAUACCACCUCUACAACAAUUGAAUGGGCAAUGACAGAGUUACUUCAAAAUACCGCCCACAUUAAAAAUGCUCAAUUAGAAAUAAACAAAAUUAUUGGCAAAGACGGGUUCAUUCAAGAGUCAGAUUCCUCAAGUUUGCCUUAUAUUGAAGCAAUACUGAAAGAAACUUAUAGAUUACAUUCACCUGUUCCGUUUUUAAUUCCUCAUAAGGCAGAGAAAGAUGUGAAUUUAGCAGGCUAUUUUGUUUCCAAAAAUUCACAAAUAUGGGUGAAUAUAUGGUCCAUUGGUCGUGAUCCAAGUAUAUGGCCAAACCCAUUAUCAUUUUUACCCGAAAGAUUUCUUAACAAAGAAGUUGAUGUGAAGGGUAAAAAUUUUGAACUUAUACCUUUUGGAGCAGGAAGAAGAAUGUGUCCUGGUAUGCCAUUAGGGCUUAGGAUGGGGCAUCUAAUGUUAGCAACUCUCAUUUAUUCUUUCGAUUGGAAAUAUCAUGAUGGGGCAACUACAAAAGAAAUCGACAUGGAAGAAAAGUUUGGUAUAACUUUACAAAAAGCUCAACCACUUCUAGCAAUUCCUUUCCCUAGGCAAUUUGGUCAUUCUAAUGGUUAA